UUCGUUAGCCGUCAUGGCUGCUGUCUCCGCAUUCUCCGCGGGCACUUGCGCCAAUGCCUGCUCGCUAACCCGUCAGCUCGAACAUGUCGCCUUCCGGCCACGGCUUGCCUCACCCCUCACCAUUUCUCCGGGUUUUCCGGAGAGAAAGCAAUGGUUGCGCGAAGCAGGAAAUCACAGAAUCUCUGUCCGCAGAGCAUUGCGCGGGCGCGGCAAGACCGCUCAAGGAGGCGGAAGCCUAGUGUCCGUGGAGCUGAGCGCGGCGGAGGCGGAGCAGGGCGGCAGGGGAGCGCGGGCGAUGGUGGAAGGGGAGAGGCCGGAAGACGCGGCUUUCAUGCGACGCGCGCUGGAGCUGUCGAGGCGGGCCCUGGGGCGCACGUCGCCGAACCCCAUGGUGGGGUGUGUGAUUGUGAAGGACGGCGCCAUUGUGGGAGAAGGCUGGCACCCCAAGGCGGGCGAGCCGCACGCGGAGGUGUUCGCGCUGAAAGCAGCGGGCCACGCAGCAGCGGGGGCGACGGCGUACGUGACGCUGGAGCCGUGCAGCCACCACGGGCGCACGCCGCCCUGCAGCCAGGCGCUGGUGCGCGCGCGCGUGCAGCGCGUGGUGGUGGGGACCAGCGACCCCAACCCGCUGGUGGGCGGGGAGGGCAUUCGCAUGCUGCGGCGGGCGAAGGUUGACGUGGUGGUGGGCGUGGAGGAGGAGGCGUGCCGGCGCAACGUCGAGGCGUUCAUGUUUAAGAUCACCAACCAGCGCCCUUACUCUAUUCUGCGGUACUCCCUCUCUCUCUCGGGCUCGCUCCUGCCGUCCAUCGGCACCUCGGGUUGUGCGGCCGGCAGCUACCGCAGCCAGCUCCUGGCAGAGUACGACGCUGCUGUCAUCACAGACUCCGACCUGCUCGCCGCCUCUGCUGCCGAUGCCGACCCCUCUCCUGACCUCUCGGCCAGCCCUGCCACCCUGCUGUCCUCCGAGCCUGACUGUCAGCAGCCUCUGCGCGUGGUCAUCGCUCGCUCCCUCGCCCAUCUCCCCCGCUCCACUCCCAUCUUCGACACCUCGCUUGCUCCCACGCUCGUGGUCACUGACGAGUCUGCUGUCGUGGCUGACGUCAGCACGGCGUCAGCGACAGGGCAGGCGGCGUCAGAGCAGUGGUUGAGGGGAUGCGGGGUGGAUCUGGUGGUGCUGCCAGAUGGUUUCUCCCCCUCGAACGUCAUGGAGCUGUGCGAGGAGCGCAACUGUAACUCCGUGCUGUGGGACUGGCAUCCACUCAUGCAAGGCGCAGCCGCCAGUAGCAGCAGCAGCAGUGGCAGUUCCAGUGGCAGUGAGGGCUGGUCGCUGGGCAGCUGGCUGAUGGAGGAUGACGCAGUGGAGAAGGUGGUGGUGGCGCUCUCACCUGUGCUGGGUGGUAGUGUGCCUGGGACAGGAAGCAGCACAGGCGGUUGGCUUGAGGGUGAAGCGGGAGCUCUGUCCCGUUUGCGUGGUCUCCGUGCACAUGUGUGUGGUCAGGAUGUCAUCGUAGAGGGCUAUGUUGAGAAAUAAUUCGUGAUUCUCUGGGUUCAAACAAAGCUUUUGCUGUUUGUGAUCACAGGAAAGUGCUGACUGUGCUGCCAUUUUUGCUGGAUUUCCAGCUUCUUGAGUG